AUGUCAGCACCAGCUCAAAACUACAAAGUCUCUGACAUUUCCCUAGCCGCUUUCGGUAGAAAGGAAAUUGAAUUAGCCGAACAUGAAAUGCCAGGUCUAAUGGCUAUCAGAAAAGCGUAUGCUGACGUGCAACCAUUGAAAGGCGCCCGUAUUGCAGGUUGUUUACACAUGACUAUUCAAACUGCCGUUUUGAUCGAGACUUUAGUCGCCUUAGGUGCUGAAGUCACCUGGACUUCUUGUAACAUUUACUCUACCCAGGACCAUGCUGCCUCUGCUAUUGCUGCUUCUGGUGUCCCAGUUUUCGCUUGGAAAGGUGAAACUGAAGAAGAGUAUUUAUGGUGUAUUGAGCAGCAAUUAUUUGCUUUCAAGGACGGCAAAAAAUUGAAUUUGAUUCUAGAUGAUGGUGGUGAUUUGACCUCAUUCGUUCACGACAAAUACCCAGAGAUGUUGAACGAUUGUUUCGGUCUUUCUGAAGAGACCACUACUGGUGUCCAUCACUUGUAUAGAAUGGUCAAAGAGAAUAAAUUGAAGGUUCCUGCUAUCAACGUCAAUGACUCCGUUACAAAAUCUAAGUUCGAUAACUUGUACGGUUGUAGAGAAUCUUUGAUCGAUGGUAUCAAGAGAGCCACCGAUGUCAUGGUUGCUGGUAAAGUUGCAGUCGUUGCAGGUUACGGUGAUGUUGGUAAAGGUUGUGCUGCUGCUUUGAAGGGUUUCGGUGCUCGUGUUAUCGUUACUGAAAUCGAUCCAAUCAAUGCCUUACAAGCCGCUAUGGAGGGUUACCAGGUAGCAACAAUGGAUGAAGCUUGUAGCUCUGGUCAAAUUUUUGUUACCACUACUGGUUGUAGAGAUAUUAUUACAGGUGCUCAUUUCGCUAAAAUGCCAGAAGAUGCUAUCGUCUGUAACAUUGGCCAUUUCGAUAUCGAAAUCGAUGUCGCUUGGUUGAAAGAAAAUGCUAAGGAAUGUGUCAACAUUAAACCACAAGUUGACCGUUAUUUGCUAAACUCUGGCAGACAUGUCAUCCUAUUGGCUAACGGUAGAUUAGUUAACUUGGGUUGUGCUACUGGUCACUCCUCUUUUGUCAUGUCCUGUUCAUUUUCCAACCAAGUUUUGGCACAAAUUGCUUUGUUCAAGGCCGAUGACAAACAAUUCAGAGAGAAAUACGUUGAAUUCGAGAAGACUGGUCCAUUCAGUGUAGGUGUUCAUAUUUUACCAAAGAUCUUAGACGAAGCUGUCGCUAAAUUCCACUUGGGUAACCUGGGUGUUAAAUUGACUACCCUAAGUCAUGUCCAAUCCGAAUACUUGGGUAUUCAAGAACAAGGUCCAUACAAGCCUGACCACUACAGAUAUUAG